CCUCCUUCUCCUAAGGCACGCCCCUGUCCCCCAAUCCAGUGGCCGCGCGCGAGCCACCGACUCCUCCACUCACCUAUCAAACCCACCGCCUCGGAAGAUGGCGGGUGUGCAGAAAGUGGUCCGGGUUCUGUCUGCGGCGGCCUCGACAGUAGGGGCUUUCAUCAGGCUGAAAAUUCUCACUCCAACAGUAAGAACUUUUUCAGAGUCACGCUCUCUGUCUCAGAAUGUUUCAGGAAUCAUGUGGAAUCUAGGUCGAUUAAAUCAUGUAGCAGUUGCAGUACCUGACUUGCAGAUGGCCAAGUCUUUCUAUAAGAAUGUGCUAGGGGCCCAGGUAAGUGAAGUGGUCCCUGUUCCUGAACAUGGUGUCUCUGUUGUUUUUGUGGAACUUGGAAAUACUAAGCUUGAAUUACUACAUCCCUUGGGAAACCAAAGUCCAAUUGAAGGCUUUCUUCAGAAAAACAAGGCUGGAGGAAUGCAUCAUAUCUGCAUCGAGCUUUCUAGAUUGUUUGGGACCAACUCAUUUUCAGAGCAGACUACUUUGGGCCAAACUGUAUUGGAACAUUAGAACAAGAGAAUGGAAGAAUAUGUGGAAGUUUGAAAAGUAUGUAGUAGUUUAGGGUGAGAGUCUUCCAGUCAAGCUCUAAGGAGUCACUUGGGAGAGAGAAGAGUGCCUGGGCCUUUAUCUCCCCCUUCCCCACAUGACUAGAAGAGAACCUUGUGGACUUCUGAAAGUGAGAAGAUUAAGGCUUUUCAUCAGCAUCCCCAGAAUACCAACAGUAGCAGCAGUGUCUGCAACAAGUGCCAAAGAAAAUUUGCACAUGACUUAAAAAAGCAGAUUCAAGGCUCUACAAGGAAUUCAGCAGGAAAACAUCAAUGCUAGAGUGACCAUCUUGAAGACUCCAGCAAAAGGACAUCCAGGACUUACCCUGGAAGAUUCCCAAGAUCGUCCAAGAUCUCCAAGAUCUCCAAGCUUGAACUCACUUUCCCCUGGACUUUAUAUAUACAGUUAGGAAAAAGUAAAAAAAUGAUCACAGGCUUUUGGGGGGAUAUUUUGUAUCAUCUGUACCACAGAAGUAAAUACUUGUUUCUAACAGCUAAUAAAGUCUGAUUAAUCGAUAUCAACUGAUAAUCAUGGAAAGAAGCACCUCCAUAUGGACUCAUGACUUGGCACUCCCUCUAGAGCCCUAAGAGUAUAUGUAGUAGUUACUGUCUGGAGAACUUACCUAUCAUUGCCAGUGAGAGUUAGGAGAGCAUCUCCAAAACAUUCACUACAAUUAUAAAUUAAAACAUUGUCAAUGAAAACAAAAACAUAAAUAAGACAAAGAAAAAUUUUAUUCAAAACUCCUAACCUUUAACAAGGAAAAAACAGAUGAAUUAAUCAAGCAAAUAGAGUGUUUUUGUUCUGUGUCUCCUUUCUGACUUACCUAAAGUUUUGCCGCCUUUGGCCCUGUUUUAUAUCUUUUUUCCUUUCUUUUCUGGUUGAAUAUACUUUUUCAUGCCUCUAAUUCAUAUUUUAAUUUUGUAUCUCUUAAUAUGUCUUUCAUUUAUGACAAUGUAGUGGUUAUUUUCUUCCUCUACAUUUCCAUGUCUGGUAAAGUCAUUCUAAUAUCUGAACAUGGUGUGAAGGUGACCCUGAGUCUUGUUUAAUAUACUUUUUAAAAGAGGGUCAGCUUGGUGCAGUGGGUAUAGUGCAAGGCUUGAUGUUAGGAAGACCAAAGUUCAAAUGUAUCUCAAAUGAAUUUACUAGCUAUAUAAAACCAUGGGUAAGUCA